AUGGCUGUGCUCUCGCUCCCGACCACAUUCUCGAACUCGUUCUGGACGCAGGAUUACCGGAAGGGCCUAGAGGUGCUGUAUGGACAGCUGGAACAGAGCAUUGGGGAGAACACUGAGAUUGCGGCGUUCAUUCGGACGCGUGCCGCGGCAGAGCUUGCCAUCGCUGCUCAACUGAAUGCGCCCCCGCCUGCUCGCUCUGUGUUUGACGUCGACGAUGGCGCGUCAUUACUCAUGGCGUUCAGAGGCCUGCGCGCGGAGGCUGCUACUGAGGGUGCUCUCCACGAGAGCGUCGCGAAGGAGCUUCAGACUGCAGUGGCUGAGCCCUUUGAGAAGUGGGCCGAGGGGUAUAAGGAGCGCCUUCAUGGAAGCAAGGCAAACCUGCUCGAUGGCUGGAUGUACUCUUAUGAGGUUGCACAGACCGAGAACGCGUCCUAA